AUGAGCAGUACGAAGGCCUUGCUGAAGGCCGUCAAUGAAGCAAUCAGGCAGAAGGAAUGGGAUAAAGCGGUCGAGGCGGCGAGAGAGGUUCUGGAGAGAGACAGCAAGAGCUACCAAGGGCACAUCUUCCUGGCUUUCGCCCUGGACAAGAAGAACGACUUCGACGGGGCCGAGAAGACAUACCUUGCUGCCACCAGCCUGAAACCCGGUGACACGCAAGCAUGGCAGGGCCUCAUCAAGCUAUACCAGCGGCAGCGGGGAAGGAAGAUCCCACAGUACCAGCAUGCUGCGCUCAAACUGGCCGAGAUCUACCGGGAUGCCAACGAGAUGUACAAGUGCCAGGAUACGGUGGAUCAGUUCAUCGACUACGCACGGGCGCACGGUGACCGCGAGCAGUAUGUAAGCGCUCUGGACUUGAUCCUGCCUGAGAGCCCCAUCUACCCGGCUCUGGAGGGCCGCGUGCCUCACCCCGCCAAGACGUACGAGAUCCAGGCCCAGAUCGUUGAGACGGAGGAGAAGAAGCGGAUCAACACCUUGAUCGGCGAGCGACGCACCCGGAUAGGCGCCCGCGUCAGCGAGGUAACCCUCGAGGUGAAGCGUGAGGUCUACAACCAGAGCAGACUCGGCUACGUCUAUGGCCAAGCCAUCAACUGGGCCACCGACGAUGACGUGCGUCGGACCUUCGAGGAGAAGCUCCUACAGUAUUGCUAUGAGCGGCUGCUUGCCUGGCCUCCGGGCGAACAAAAGGAGCGGGAAGCUGCGAUUGUCCAGAAGCUGGCAAACGACAUGGUGAUCAUCAGGCAUCCGUUCAAGUUUGCAUGGGACAUUGCCAUCAAUUGGCAGGACCACAAGGAUGUUCAGAACUGGGAUGUCACUGUGCUCAGACAAUACUGCACCUUUUUCCCCGACAGCGACCUGAAUAGGGUCAUUAUGGGCUUUCUAACGAGCGAAAUCUCGCCCUUUCCGAAGGAGGCCCAGCAGCAACCGGAGCCAACCACCGGCACCGAUACCGAAGACAUAACCGAUGACGACGAGUCAGGAGGUGUCCCGACAACAUAUGUUCCGCUGACCGAGGAAGAUCGACUGCUUAUGAUGAUGGAAGGGGUCAGCAGUGCUGACUCCCUAUUCGGUCUCAGAUUGGCGGGCGAGUACUUUCAGCACGUCGAGGAACACGAAACCAAUGUCGAGGUCAUGCGCAAGGCCCUUGAGCUCGUGAAGCUGGAGCGCACCAGGACAGGGCUUUCGUUCCAGAAUACGGAGGACGCUUUCUCUUUGUGCCUAGGAACUGCUCUCGUCUUCUUUCAAUCACCACGCCAUCACCAGGAAGCCAAGAGUUUGUUUGACGGGGUGCUUGAGCACGAUGCGUCAUCGACCCGCGCCAUGAUCGGGGUGGGCCUCAUCUACGAGGAGGAAGAAGAGUACGACGAAGCCAUUGACUUCCUAGAACGAGCGCUGCAGCGCGAUCCAGAUAACGUUCGCGUCAGGACCGAGGCCGCUUGGGUUAAAGCAUUGAAGGGGGAUUUUGAGACUAGCAGGAGAGAGCUGGAGGACUGCUUGCCGCUGCUGACUAGGAAACGACAGGCAACCAACAUGGAGCUGCUCGCGCAGACGCAGUAUCGCAUCGGAUACUGCAUUUGGAACCUCGACACGUCCAGGGCGGCUAGGAAGAGCCGCACGGGAGCCUAUGCGUACUUCCUCCAGGCUCUGAAGAACAAUCUUAGCUAUGCACCCGCGUACGCAAGUCUGGGCGUGUACUACGCGGACUAUGCCAAGGACAAGAAGAGGGCGCGGCGGUGCUUCCAGAAGGCAGUCGAGCUGUCACCGUCUGAGGUCAUGUCGGCGGAGAGGCUUGCUCGGUCGUUCGCAGACGACGGCGACUGGGAUCGUGUAGAGCUUGUUGCCCAGAGAGUCGUUGAUUCGGGGAAGGUCAAGCCGCCUCCCGGCUCUAAGCGGAAGGGCAUCAGCUGGCCCUUCGCAGCCCUCGGUGUGGCGGAACUUAACAAGCAGGACUAUCGCAAAGCCAUCGUCUCUUUCCAGGCAGCCCUCAGGAUAUCGCCGGAGGACUACCACUCAUGGGUCGGCUUAGGCGAGAGCUAUCACGGCUCUGGUCGGUAUAUUGCAGCCACCAAGGCAAUCCAGAAUGCACAGAAGCUUGAAGAGACCCCGGGUGCGGAGACACCCGGUGAGACUUGGUUUUCCAAGUUCAUCCUCGCCGAGAUCAAGCGUGAGUUGGGCGACUUUGACGACGCGAUUGCCCUCUAUCAGGGGGUUCUCGCCGGUCGCCCGGACGAGGCAGGUGUGGCCAUUGCCUUGAUGCAGGCGACGGUGGACAGCGCCUUGAACAGCUUGGACAAGGGCUUCUUUGGAAAGUCGAUCGACCUCGCCGUCGAGACGCUCAAGUUUGCCGUACAAGCCCCCGAGACGAUCAAGGAGACGUUCAAUUUCUGGAAAGCGGUGGCCGACGCGUGCUCGCUGUUCUCUAGCGUCCAGGGUCGACUGGCGGAGUUCCCGGCUGACUUGGUCCAACAGCUACUUGACGCCGCUGAUGCAGUGUCUGAGCAGGCCGUCAAUGUGGACGGAGUCGGCGAUAUGGCCAUCACCAAUGGCACCAACUCAGACGAAUCCAAGAUGGGUGCGGAGUUAACGAGAGUCGUGCAUGCGAUGAUCCUCGCGCACAAGCGAGCCAUCCACGUAUCCGCCAACGACGUGCACGCGCAUGCGGUUGCGUAUUACAACCUCGGGUGGGCAGAGUAUCGUGCGCAUGCGUGCCUGCCGAUGCGGUCCAGAAAGAAGGCCACCAAAUACUUGAAGGCGGCCAUCGCGUGUUUCAAGCGGGCUAUCGAGCUUGAAGCAGGGAACUCCGAGUUCUGGAACGCUCUCGGAGUCGUCACCAGCGGCGUCAACCCGUCGGUCUCGCAGCAUGCCUUUGUCCGCAGCCUGCACCUGAACGAGGGCGGCGCACAUACUUGGACGAACCUGGGAACGCUGGGUCUGCUCCAAGGUGACGUCCAAUUCGCCAACGAGGCGUUUACAAAAGCGCAGUCAGCCGAUCCUGAUUAUGCGCACGCCUGGCUCGGGCAGGGUCUCGUAGCUCUGCUGCUUGGCGACCAGAAGGAAGCACGUGGCCUGUUCACUCAUGCCAUGGAUAUAUCCGAGAGCUCGUCCAUGGCGACCAGACGGCACUUCUCGGUCUCGAUGUUUGAUCACAUCAUGGAGUCGCCUGCCGACGUGCCCAUCACGUCACUGAUCCAGCCGAUCCUCGCCCUCAGCCAACUCCAAGGACUCAACCCACAGGAGCUGACCUACGGCCAUCUCGCCGCACUCUUCCAGGAGCGCAACCACGAACACAGCCACGCCGUCGGCACCCUCGAGAAGAUCUGUGCCGCCGUCGAGGCGGACUACGAAGUCUCCGAGUCUCCCGAGUCGCUCAAGCGAUUCGCUAUCGCCAAAUCCGACCUCGCCCGCGCGUACCUCGCCGCCGGCUCCAACGCCGAAGCCAUCGAGGCAGCGGAGUUGGCCAUCCAGCUGAGCAGCGACGAGUCCGACAGCGAGCUGUCGGCCGAAGAGCGCAAGCGUGUCCGGCUCAGCGCGCACGUCACGAUGGGUCUGGCGCAGUACUACCAGGGCGGCGUCGACGAGGCCGUGGCCUGCUUUGACUCCGCUAUCGACGAGUCCCAGGGCAACCCGGACGUUACGUGUGUGUUGGCACAGGUCCUGUGGGCCACGGGCAAGGAGCAGGCGAGGGAGCGGGCGCGGGAGGUCCUAUUCAGCGUCAUCGAGAGCGCGCCGCACCACGUCCGGUCUGUGCUCCUGCUCGGUGUUAUCGCGCUGCUGGACGACGACGAGGAGAGCCUCGAGGCUGUUGUGGCCGAGCUGCAGAGCCUGCGGGCGAGUGACGAGGACGUCACGGCUGCGGACCAGAAGCAGCUCGGCGAGGUGCUCCGGGCUAUUGCGGCGUUUGGCAAGGGCGACGCUGAGGAGCUCAAGGCGAGCCAGGCCCGAGCCGAUGUCAUGUUCCACCCACACUUGCCGCACGGCUGGUCGGGGCUUGGGGCGCUUGGCGGCGAGGGGGGCAAGAGCGCGGCCGAGAUGGCGUUGCGGGUCGCGCUGAAGGGCGUGCCUCCGAGGGGCGAUCUCGCGGCGGAGGACCUGGCUCGGGCGUAUGCCAGGACUGGAAGGCCCAAGGACGCGCAAGUUGCGAUCAUGGUGGCGCCGUGGGAACGGGCAGGGUGGCAGGCGUUGGGGGAUGCGGUCACCGGGGGAGCGCGCGUCAUGUAG